UCGGCUACUCCAGGAUGGUGAGUUCCCUUCUGGAACCAAUCCGACCCGCCGCUUCCUUCAUGGCUCGAUUUUGUCUUUUCCCUCUCCCUCGCAUUUAGUUAUCUGCGGACUUUCACCAUCCCCGCCCGCUUCAGCCAAGUUCCGUACGGACCGUCCCUCGCUGGUCCUGCCAAAACCCGCCCUCGCAACAUGGACAGCGUGGACAUGGACACCAUGGGCGACACUGCCCGGCCACUCCACGCCCUCGCUAAUCUGAGCCUCCAGGACGACAACCAGACCCCCGAGGCCGCUUCGCCAAACUCCAUGAUGGUCGAUGCUCCUGAGGAGCAUGUCGUCGAACCGAAUGGCACUGAGCCAGAUGAUGUUGCCAUCAUCCACCCCGACAGCAUGGACGUCGACACGCUUCUCGCGAGCGAUUACGAGGCCAUGAAGGAGCACGUCCUCCAACCCCUGGCAGAGGAGCCUCGGAUUCUUGACGACCAGGUACACACGUGGACGGUGGAAGGGUGGAGGGCGUUAAAACAGAAGGAGCAUGGCCCAAUAUUCCACGCCGGUGGCUAUCCAUGGCGGAUCCUCCUCUUUCCGUUCGGCAACAACGUCCCCGACCAUUGCUCAAUCUACCUCGAACACGGCUUUGAGGCGAACAACAUCCCCGAUGACUGGAGCUGCUGCGUGCAAUUCGCACUUGUGCUGUGGAACAAGAAUCACCCCAGCAUCUUCUUCCAACAGACCGCCCACCAUCGCUUUACAAAGGAGGAGAGCGACUGGGGGUUCACUAGGUUCCUGGAGUCGCGGAAGAUGUUCAACACGGUCUGGGAAAAUGCCGACCGACCGCUUGUUGAUAACGACUGCAUCAACAUCAGCGCAUACGUGCGGGUUGUCGAGGACGAAACGGGCGUCCUAUGGCAUAACUUCAACAACUACGACUCAAAGAAGGAGACGGGCUACGUCGGCCUCAAGAACCAGGGCGCGACGUGCUAUCUGAAUUCGCUCCUGCAGUCAUUAUACUUCACGAAUGCCUUCCGGAAGGCCAUUUAUCGAAUCCCUACGCAGCAAGACGAAAGCAUGAAUAACAGCGCUUACACGCUGCAGCGGCUCUUCUAUCAACUGCAAACCUCCAACACGGCUGUGGGCACCUCCGAGCUGACAAAGUCGUUCGGCUGGGAGACGCGCCACAUCUUCGAGCAGCAGGACGUGCAGGAGCUCUCGCGCAAGCUCAUGGAGCGGAUGGAGGAGAAGAUGAAAGGCACCGAGUUCGAGAAGGUGCUCCCGCAGAUGUUCAGUGGCAAGAUCAAGACGUACAUCUCUUGCAUCAACGUGCCAUACGAGUCGAGCCGGGUCGAGGAUUUCUGGGAUGUCCAGCUCAACGUCAGCGGGAACGAGAAUCUGCUGGAUAGUUUUCAGGACUACAUCCAGGUGGAGAAGCUCGACGGCGAGAACCAGUACUUUGCCGGCGACCAGUACAAACUGCAAGACGCCAACAAGGGCGUCAUCUUCAUGAGCUUCCCUGACGUCUUGCAUCUGCAGCUGAAGAGGUUCGAGUACGACAUCCAGCGCGACGUCAUGAUGAAGAUCAACGAUCGAUACGAGUUCCCCGAGGAGUUUGACGCCUCUCCCUACCUGGACAAGGAGGCCGACAGGUCGGAACCCUGGGAUUACCAGCUGCACGGCGUCUUGGUGCAUAGCGGCGACCAAAAUGCGGGCCAUUAUUACGCCUUUCUGAAGCCGAACAAGGAGGGCUGGUGGUACAAGUACGACGACGACAAGGUCACCAAGGCCACGAAACGGGAAGUUUUGGAAGAGAACUUCGGCGGUCCGAUCAAGCUGCCCAACGGCCAGCUUCGGCCCCUAGGCAACAAGAAGGGGCCCCUGAUGCGGCCGAACAGCGCGUACAUGCUGGUAUAUAUUCGCAAGUCGAGACUGGACAAAAUCCUCUGUCCAGUAACAGCAGACGACACGCCGGAGCACCUCCGACGGCGAUUCGAGGAGGAAUACGCCGCCAGGGAGGCCCGCCGCAAGGAGAGGGAGGAACAGCACCUCUAUCUGGGAGUGAAGGCCAUCACCGAAGAAACGUUCCGACAUCAUGGCGGCACUGACCUGACAGACUUUGAUGCGACGCCAGACCAGAACCCGGCGGCGCCUAGGUUCUAUCGCGUCCUCCGUUCGGCGACGAUGCAAGACUUGGUGAACAAGAUUGCUGCCGAUCUUGGGCAGGACCCGAGACUUGUCCGCCUGUGGAAUAUGGUCAACCGCCAAAACAAGACCACCCGCCCGGAUCAACCCGUGAUGGACCUGCGUCCGUCUGUGGAGGAGACGUACAACAAGGCGGCAGCGCACAGGGAGCAGGCGCUGCGUGUGUGGGUCGAAACUACCGAGGAAGUUGACGCCGAGGGCAACGCUGUCUGGCCGACGUACUCGGGGCUGCCGAACGGGGUGGUUGUCAAGAACGACCUUAUCCUGCUCUUCCUCAAGUGGUUCGAUGCCGAGGCUCAAGCUCUGAGAGGGAUCGGCCACCUGUACAUGAGCAAGGAAAAGAAGGUUGAGGAGCUGAUUCCCAUCAUCAUGAAGAAGAUGGGCUGGGAGAAACUGGCAAGCGAUGAGAAGCUCCAGCUUUGGGAGGAAAUCAAACCGAACAUGAUCGAAACACUGAAGGGGAAACAAUCACUCAAGGCGGCGGAGCUCCAGGACGGAGACAUCAUCUGCUUCCAGCGGCUUCACGAGCGCAAGUCGAGGCUGGGCCUGGGCGACAAGAAUGAGAGGCAAUCGUCAGAGGAGGCAGCGAAAUCGCUGGAUCGCGCCGAGGAUGCACGCGAAUACUACGACUUCCUUCUCAAUAAGCGGACGGUCAUGUUCCUUGCUCACCCACAAAAAUGCGACCCCAAGGCGUACCCGCACUUCGAGAUGGUUCUGAACGCCAGGAUGAGCUAUGACAGGCUUUCGGAGAAGGUUGGCGAGAAGCUGGGGGUGGAGCCGACACACCUUCGGUUCUAUACGGUGAAUGCCAGCUCCAACAACCCGAGGACGGCCGUCAAGCGGAGCCAGAACCAGACGCUCGGCAACAUUCUCGUCCCGGCGGGGUACGGUCAGUUAAGUGUCAACCAACGGCACGACGCCUUGUUCUUUGAGGUGCUCGACAUGAGCCUAGCGGAACUAGACACCAAGAAGAGCAUCAGGUUGACGCUUCUGAGCGAGGGCAUCACGAAAGAGGAACAACUCGACGUUCUGGUUCCCAAGAACGGGCAGGUAGAGGACCUCAUCAACUGCUUGAUCAAGAAGGCGAAGAUCCCCAGCGAGGAGGAGGCCGGGCGGAUCCGCAUCUACGAGAUCAGCAACCACAGGUUCUUCCGGGAGCUGGAUCGAAGCUACCCGGUGAUCAGCGUAAACGACUACACGACGGUGAUCGCCGAGCGGAUACCGAGCGAGGACGCAGAGGUUCAAGAUCCGAACCAAUUCAUCUCUGUAUUCCAGUUCCAUGGCGAACCUAGCAGGGCGCACGGCAUUCCCUUCAGGUUCCUCCUCAAGGAAGGAGAAAGAUUUGCGGACACCAAGAAACGGCUGGAAAAGCGGACGGGGCUCAAGGGCAAGAGCUUCGAGAAGAUCAAGUUUGCCGUUGUUCGCCGGGCAUCCUUCUCAAGACCGCAGUACUUGACAGAUGAUGACAUCCUUUGGGACGUGGCGGCGAACUCUGACGACUGCCUCGGCCUCGACCAUCCCGACCGGACGAGGUCGUUGCGUAACGGCGCCGGUGACUUGUUCCUCAGGGGCUAGUCCCGUUGCACAUUCAUGCAUUGGGGCAUGCAAUGCUUGCCAAGCCGACGCCGCUGCGCAUUGUGUAUCCUUAUGUCACGGCGCCCGGUUUUGGGUGUGGGGUUCGCUAUUGGUCAAAAGUGGCGCCUUGGGAUCAGAGUUACAUGGUCCUGUCCACCAUUUGACUCUUGGGCCAAUUGUUUAUUUCUUUUCUUUUGUUUUGUUGCUUGUUAUCACGCUAACACAGAGACUUAUAUGUGAGCGUGGCAUUAGGCAUUGGGGUUGGCAGGCAUCUUCAAGAGUGAGAGGGGCCGGGGUGGGUGGUGGGGAGCAGACCGGGUGGUCUUGGUGAUAGCCGCAGCUUUUUUUUUGAAAGUGACAAUACAGUAGGAGAUUGGGCCUUGAAGUUCACAUGCUGGCGAUGCUGUGUAUUCUCGCGUCCUCGAGUCCUCGUGGUACCUGCACAAACCAAGCCCGUCGUGGUAACCCAGCAUAUUCUUGCGUCAAUACCGUCCUGUAACGUUACUCGAUGCUACACGACAUGUAACGUAAUCUGGAAACCGAACGUACUAAUCGGUACUCGAAG